AUGCCAACCAGACCUGCAUGUCUUGUUUGCGUUCAGCAUAAUAUCGCACAUCUCUGUGGAUAUCGUAAACCAGACUGGGCAGAUCAUGAAAAACUAGGGAGAAGAAAGCCGGAAGAGGUCUUUGAUCUAGAUGUGGAUGAAAUGAAGGAUGUCAAGAUUAGGAAGUUGGAAGAGCGUAUUGAGCAGUUGGAACAAGACAUUCGGUACUAUAAGAAUGGUGCCAACUACAUGACUAUGGAUGAGGAAUCUGAGUCUAAAUGCCAUUUUGUUCCUAAAAAUCUUAGCUACGAUACUGAUUCUGGAUGUAUUACCAAUAUCUCUUCCCUCACCCCAAAGGGUAUGCUCAGAUCCGAUCCUUUUUACACCACCUCCCUACAGUAUUUUAAAAAGCACAAUAAUCUCCCUAUGGACGUUCCCUAUAUGAUUUUGAAUACGAAUCCAUUGGGUGAAAGCGAUAUCUCGGAAGAGGAGCUGCAGAAUGUUUCCGAGCAGACUUUCAGGCAGAGAAUCAUUGAAUCUUUGAGAAGGUUGCAAACGUUGAAGAUCAGCGAUGUAGGAAGAUCAGCGUUGAAUGCUUUCUCAGUUCCUCUACAGGUUCAAGGUAUUACAGUGCCUGAAAAUUAUAAAGAGAAGUUGUUGGAGAGGUUACAAGAAGUGCUGCCUUCGGAAAAGGUGGUGGGGUUACUUAUCGAACGGUUUUACCGGUACAUUUAUCCAAUCUUCCCAUACUUAGAUCAGGAGGCUUUUAAGAAAAAUGUUGACAGUGUUCUCCGCAUGCCUAAGGAUCACACUGAAUAUUAUCAGCUAGCACUCGACUCGGAUACUAGCUUUAUAACGAUCGGAUUGCUCUUGCUUGUUCUCUAUCUUGGUAGCCUGACGUUAAGAACUGCGCUGAAUGUUCCAUAUACGAGAUACGAUGAGAACACUAGCAUCGAGAAUAUUGCCUAUAUGUUGGAGCAUCCCCUUGAUCGUAAGAUUAUAUCCACCGCUAGAAUGUGCGUCGACAAAUUCAGUGUAUUCGGUCGAUGCUCACUUGAUUUAUUGCAAUUUUACGCUUAUCUUAGAGUUGUUUCACAAUGUUCUCCAAGCAUCAUGGAACCGAGGGAUUUAGGCCAAUUUUCAGAUAUUGUCAAGAGAAUGACAGUUUCCUUUAAUCUUAACAGAGAUCCUUCCAAUUUCAAGAAUAUGAAAGACAAUCCUCGGUUGGCCAAUCUAACCAGAAAAAUAUGGUACGGAAUCAACUCGGAUAACUUCUAUGCUGAUUAUAUUUCCGAAGGCUUUUUUCUGAAAUGCCAAGACCAUGGUGUGGAAUUGCCGGUGUAUCAUGGCAUUAUAAACUCUAAUUGCCAUAACUUGGACUUGGAGCAAGUAGCGAUAUAUACGAUUACGCUUAAAUCGGAAUUUGAAGCCAUCUAUGAUCGCAUCCGUUCAAAGGUUAUGGACCUUCGUGAGGAUCCUAAAACAAGCCAAGUUGUUGAGUUGCAAGACGAAUUGAAAAGACUUAUUGUAUCGAGAUUACAGCCUUUAUCUUCCCUACUUCACCAGAAUGAGAAUGAGCCACUUUCUGUUAGGGUGAAGCGAGUAAUUCAAUUUUGCAUCUAUCUGGAAUCCCAUUCAAUGAUCUUGUCACUUAGUUUCCAUUUGUUCCUUCAUUAUGAAGAGCGAAGUUUGUCUGGUCGCUUUCAAGAUAUCGAGUUGGCAUUCAAGUAUCAGAAACGAAACUUGGAGCUGUCGCUCAAUUUGCAAUACCUGGUUUACCAUAUGGUUGAUCAGAUAUCAUCAUAUUUUGGUUCUGGAUUUGAUUAUUUGGUUGCACCUAAUCUUAUUUGCGCGUUGGAUAGUUCAAGACCUAUCCUUAUGGGUUUAUUGUCACGUGUAAUUCUUUAUCAAAUUCUGGGAACUCAUGAUGACACUCUCAGCAAAGUUAUGAGCGAAAGUUUGGAAUCGCUUCUCAAAAAGGUUGAGGAGUCACACAAAGAUCUUAUUGAGAGUUAUAAAAAGCUUGCACAUAGCUAUUAUCAUGCUUGGAGACUCAGCAAAGUGGAGACUUUUAAGUAUGUAGAGUUCAAGGAUCUGAGAAAGGAUUGGGAGAAGAGUGCUGAAAAGGUUGCUCCAUUUGUUCCAAAAAUGUCUGAGAAUGUUAUGUCCAGGUGGACAGGAGAUCAUAUGGAACAACUCGUUGAGAUUUUCGAAACUAGUAAGAAAGCUGGUAAUAGUAGACAGAUUAAGGAAAUCCCGGAAACACUUUUCACUCAGAAUUCUGCCUUUCCUGCAGAUAUGAGAGAUGAAGAUUGGAUAGCUACAUUUUUUGGUUGUGGACAAGAUGAAAGAACCAUUAAUGCCAGUACAGGGCCAACAGAAUUACCUGAUUUGGUUUCAGGCACUGAAUGGGACGAAAUCUUGAAGAACAUAGUGGAUGACCAGAUCUAA